AGGGUCUUCGGGGCGGGACCUGGGCCGUAAGCCCCGCCCCCGGCUCCGGAGCCGUCCUCCCGCGCAGGCGCCCUGGGGCCCGCAGCCUCCCGGGUGGUGUCCCUGCCGCGGCCGCGGUGCUAUGGUGCCGCCGCCGCCGCCUCUGUCGCCGCCUCUCUGCACGCUGCCGCCGGGGCCCGGGCCCCCGCGCUUCGUGUGCUAUUGCGAGGGGGAGGGAAGCGAGGACGGAGGCCGCGGCGGCUUCAACCUCUAUGUGACGGACGCCGCGGAACUCUGGAGCACCUGCUUCACGGCGGACAGCCUGGAGGCCCUCAAAGCCCGUUUGGGCCUGAGUGCGGCUGAGGAGAUCACCCCCCGGUUCAGGGCAGCCUGUGAGCAGCAAGCUGUGACUUUCGCCCUGCGGGAGGAUGGAGCAUCCCUAACCCUUUCCGGGGGGCCCUGGGCCCUGGAUUUUGAGCUCUCCAAGGUGCCGGGCCCAGAGGCAGCCUCCAGGUUGCAGGCACUGACACUGGGUCUGGCAGAGCAAGUGUGCAACUUGAAGAGGCAGCUGGCAGGCCUGCAGGUGACAGCCACCAGCCCCAAAAAGAGCCCUUGUCUGGCAGGGCCUCAGUUCUUCUUACCAGACCCGGACCCUCAGAGAGGUGGCCCUGGACUUGGGGUCAGGAGGCGGUGUCCAGGGGAGUCCCUCAUCAACCCUGGCUUCAAGAGUAAGAAACCAGCCAGCGGUGUAGACUUUGACAGCCCCUGAAGGCGCAGCACCAAGUGUGACCCUGCCAGGAGUCUGCUCAUGCGGUGGGGACAGCCCCUGAGACCCCACAGCCCGUCCUGCUGCCAGAGGGGAACAAUCCUGCUCCUCGGACCCCUUCCCCAUUAAAUAAAUGGCUUCCUCAGGUGGAGGAAACGGC